AUGGCUGAUAUUCAGGCCUUCCUCACUGGCUUUGAUGCCGAAGAUGCCCGCACACUUGACGAUAUGGUGGCUACGAUCGAGAAGGUGAUGAAAGAAAGAUCAGGACUGCAGACGCUGAUGAAGUAUCGAGUUGCGAAACGAGACAAGCGAGACACAGCCCGAUAUGAGCAGUUCUUCGAAUACAGAGGCCCAGAUGCAGACACUAUGAGCAAGCUGACUGGGUGUGGUCAUCAGUGGAUGACGUGUCCAAGCAGUUUCUGGAGCUGGAGAAUCGACCCGGUCGGGGACCCUCGAGCAUUCGUUGUGGGCGCAUUCAUGCAGGAUUCUGGCGAGCUUCAGGACCAUGCCCCACGUGGCAUCAGUGCUUCGGAUACUGCGAGAGCCUUGUGCUCGUACGGCUUGUUCAACCAGACGACGCCCGAGAAGGUCGAGAGCACCAUGAAAGACAUGGUCAAUUGGGGCCAUAGAUACAAGAAUCUUGAGAAGACCCUUGGGAAAGGCAUUUGCCUGGUGUUGGGGACUCAGCUCUCCGAGACAUUAUGGUACAAGAUACUGCCCAAGAGCGGACCCAAGUUCAAAGAUGUCAUAGCACAUUUACGCAAGACUGGGGCUGUCGAGGUCCAGAAGGCGUUUGUGGAUUUGCGAGAAGUGAUCGUAAAAUCCAAGCUCCAAGAGCUUCGCACCGACGCACAGGUCGAGGAUUGGAUGGGAGCUCUCUUGGUGCAGUAUGAGAUGCUACGACUGUUCUGA